UACAAUUUCAUAAAAUUAUCUAUUGCUGACUAUGUAUUAUUAAAAUUUAUAAUAGACCUAAAUUUGUUUUGAAUUAAUUUUUAAUAUAUAACGUUCUCUAUGACGUCAUAUGUUCAGCUAUAUUUAUGAGCCCCACUUUUUUAGACCCAUGUGACACCCUUGAUCUGUACGUGUACUCUAUAGUAGGUAGUAAUUAAUUAAUAAUGUUUUAUUACUUACGUGUAUGUCAGAUAAAGUUAGAGUGCAAGAAAGGUAUAGGAUUGUCGUUUUAUUUAAUUAAUAGGUGUAGAGUCACUGUGCUAACAUAACAAAUGCAACAGCAAACUGUGCUUAACGGUAUAAAGGCUGCAUUGCAAUCCAGCCCUUUUACAUCUCAUGAUUUUGAUGUGUACCUGUCUGUAUUUUAGCACUUGCAAUUGAUGAUUAGAGUAAUCAAACGAGUGUAACAGAGUAAUGAAAGAGAAAAAACACAAGAACAAAUCACAUUGUGAGAAGGAAAGAUAUGGCAACGUAUUGUGAAACAUUCAAAUUUAAUUUGUCUAAGACAGUACAUUAGAUUGGCGUAUUUAACGUUUAGAGUCUAAAUUUGAGACGUUGAGUUGACUGAUUUGGCAAUGACGGUGAAUCAUGUGAUCACAUUGUAACACCAAAUCACGAGAUAUUGUUUCCUGUGUUGUACUUUGUUCUCGGUAAAACUAUACGUAUACGCGAUUGCUGAGUUUGCAACUAGAGCAAAGGAAAGAGUACGCAAUGUCUAGCAGAAGCAGCAGCAACAAGAGCAGCAGUUUGGACGAGAAAGAGCGAUCGCUUGCUAGAAGUUCAGUUGGAUGGACGCUGUUGAUCGGAUUGCUCUCGUCUGCUGUCGUGGUCAUUCUGAUUGCAUUUGUUUUGUCGUUUUUGAUGCUCAGUAGCGUCAAUAGCGAGCUGACAAGGUUGAACACAGCAAUGGUAAACGUUCAAAGCGAUCUACUUCGUCUGGAAGAGCGCCAGCUAUCUACAGAUGAAACAAAAGAACAAUUUGAAGAGAUGUUGUUGGAGUAUGCAGAAAAACGAGUGAAGCGAUCUGCAGCAUCUCCCAAUCAGUCGUCAGAAGUGACAGUUAACGUUGCACACGUAUUUGGGUCAUUCAUCAAACAGAUGUGCAAACCAGAGUCAGCUAUUUGUAUACCAGGUCAACCAGGAAGAGACGGAUUGCCAGGUUUGUCAGGAAGAGACGGUCCAAUUGGAUUGCAAGGACCACCAGGUAGAGACGGUCGUACAGGAUUGUCAGGAGCAGCUGGAAGAAAGGGCGAGGCAGGAAGGAAUGGUGAACGUGGCAGUAAGGGAUCAGCAGGUAAACAGGGUCCACGUGGAAUAGCAGGUAGGAAAGGCGACAUGGGAGUGAGUGGAGAGAAAGGAGACAGAGGAGAAAGAGGAGAGAGGGGAGUCGGUGGACUGCAUGGAAUUUUGGGUCCUCGAGGAGAAAAAGGAGAAGAAGGAGACAAAGGUGAACGAGGAUAUCCUGGUUUUAAAGGAGGGAAGGGUGGAAAGGGGGAGAUUGGGUUACAAGGAGAAAAAGGAAUGAAAGGAGACAAAGGGGAUGAGCAGGAUUUACAUCAAUUGUCUAAUCUACCCAGUCAAUGUUUACCAUGGAAUUAUCGUGUUUUAAAUGAAACUUGGAGACAAACAUCUGAGCAUUAUACUAAGACAACUAAUCACUGUGAUCAGACAGGUAGUUCAGACAAUCAACAUGGUUUCACACCAGGCUGGCAUUCAUUCAGUCAUACAAUAGGUGGAGCUAUGCCAGAGAAGUGCACAUCUAAGAACUACUGUGGAACUAAUGCAUCAGGAUGGUUAAAAGGAUCUCAUCCGAAUGUAAUUGGUCAAAACAUUUCAAGAACAGUUUGCUUUAAUUGGAGCAGUAAUUGUUGUUAUUGGCAGACUAGUGUUGAAGUGAUCAACUGUGGACAGUAUUACAUAUACAACUUACCUAACACUCCAGUUUGCCAUUCCGCUUACUGUGCUCGAGGACACUACACAAGAACAAGAGCCCAGAAACAUCACUACAAGCAGACUAUAGAAACAUCUCUAGACUACUAUCAUUUCAAGUUUGAGAUCUAUCCAGCAUUUGCACUAUUUUUAGCUGUUGCCGGAACUUGUCAACCUUUCAGCUGUAGUAGAAAUCGUUUUGUUUUGCCAACGAGCUUGGGUGAACACUGCACGGUAGAAGAGACUGCACGGUUUAUCACAAAAUUCCUGUCACAUGCAACGUUUGCUUUAUCUAAGAUCUGCACGACAUUGCGUAAACUACGUUUCACCGUAUCUUUUGUUAGUUUAUAUCGACGUGCUCAUAUCUACUGUUGGUCAGAUAGUAAGAGUACGACGGCGAUACCACAUGCAAUGAGCAGCAGCGAACUGGACGAGAGUUCUAAAGUUUUGCAACGAAAUUGUGGCCCAACCAGCAGAUGGACGAUUGCGUUGUUUCUAUCGUUAGUUGUGGGCAAUUUUGUGUUUAGCGGUUUUCUGUUGUGGAAGCUCAGUGUUCAGGAGAAAAGAUUUGAGAAAAGCGUAGAGAAGUUGCAGUUGGACUUGCAGGAACUUCAAGUAGAAAAAGAGGAAAUGAAGCAGGUUUAUGAGACGUUGUCUGAGUAUGGAGGAGAAAGAGGGAGGAGGUCGGAAGAAUCUCCCAGUCAGUCGUCACAAGUUACAAUCAACAUUGCACACGUAUUUGGGUCAUUCAUCAAACAGAUGUGCAAACCAGAAUCAGCAAUUUGUAUAGCAGGUCAACCAGGAAGAGACGGAUUGCCAGGUUUGCCAGGAAGAGACGGUCCAAUUGGAUUGCCAGGACCAGCUGGUGAGGCAGGAAGGAGUGGUGAACGUGGCAGUAAGGGAUCAGCAGGUAAACAAGGUCCACGUGGAAUAGCAGGUAGGAAAGGAGACAUGGGAGUGAAAGGAGAAAAAGGAGCGAAAGGAGAGAAAGGGGAUGAGCAGGAUUUACAUCAAUUGUCUAAUCUACCCAGUCAAUGUUUACCAUGGAAUCAUCGUGUUUUAAAUGAAACUUGGAGACAAACAGCUGAGCAUUAUUCUAAGACAACUCUUCACUGUGAUAAUACAGGUCAUUCAUACAAUCAACAUGGUUUCACACCAGGCUGGCAUUCAUUCAGUCCUACAAUAGGUGGAGCUAUGCCAGAGAAGUGCACAUCUGGUAAAUACUGUGGAACUCAUGGAUCAGGAUGGUUAAAAGGAUCUCACCCAAAUCUAAUUGGUCAAACAAUUUCAAGAACAGUUUGCUUUAGUCUUAGUGGCAAUUGUUGUUAUUAUCAGACUAGUGUUGAAGUGACCAACUGUGGACAGUAUUACAUAUACAACUUACCUAACACUCCAGCUUGCUAUCUAGCUUACUGUGCUCGAGGACAGUGAAGAACAAGUUUCCUUUAUCAAAACCAUCACAUGUACUUAUCUUUCCAUUUUUGUGUGUAUCUAUGCUUCUCUGACUAGACAAGUGUCUGCUAAGAAUGAUUGUUGUAACAGCUGCUUGUUGUGUAGGAUUGCUGCAUACAGUAUGAUGUGCUGCUAGAUGGAAAUUUUGUUAUAAACAAACACAUUUGGUGACCAAAAAAUAAUGUUUGCUGUGUACAGUUAACAACAAUUUUUAUAUCAUUAUCGACGUAAUAGAAACAGUUUUUGUUAUU